AUGGCUGGUUAUUCCUGGACCGAGGAGGAAAAGGCUCUUGUAGUCUGGUUCGCAUCUAUCGGGCUCACUCACUCAACUAUAUCCCAACUCCUCCGGCACCGCAGCUUUGACAGAUCCUUGACGGCAGUCCGGAACAAAAUAGCUGAGCUCCGCAAGGAGUUUGGACUUGGGUGUGCUUCUAAUAAGCUAGACAUUUGGGCGGUCGACAAUUGGAUAAGACAGUUACCACUUAACUGUGAUCCUCCUUACUUGCUCAUGCCUACACUGCUUGACCAGCAAAUCAUUAUGGAGUAUAGUGCACUGGAAUUGAAGUUCUUCCCAUUUAUUAUCUCCGCUAUGGCCUCUCAGAAAACCACCAUCUCUGAUGUAUUCACUAAUGAGCUGAUAUAA